AUCUCCACCAUGUCUGGCUGCUGUUGUUCUAGGAAAUGCCCCUCCCUGCCCGCCAUCUCUCUCUGCUCUACUGAGGUGAGCUGUGGAGGACCCAUCUGCCUACCCAGCUCCUGCCGGAGCCAGACGUGGCAGCUGGUGACUUGCGAGGACAGCUGUGGGUCAUCUGGCUGUGGUUCACAAUGCUGCCAGCCUUCGUGCUCCGUGAGCAGUUGCUGCCAGCCAGUGUGCUGCGAGGCCACCAUUUGUGAGCCCUCCUGUUCUGUGAGCAGCUGUGCUCAACCCGUGUGCUGCGAGGCCACCAUUUGUGAGCCUUCUUGCUCUGCGGGCAGUUGCUGUCAACCCGUGUGCUGCGAGGCCACCAUUUGUGAGCCUUCCUGCUCCAUGAACACCUGUGCCCAACCUGUGUGCUGUGAGGCCACCAUGUGCCAGCCUUCUUGUUCUGUGAGCAGCUGCCAGCCCGUGUGUUGUGAGACUGCAUCCUGCCAGCCUGUCCUCUGCUUGCCCGUCUCCUGCCAGCCGGUGAUGUGCAAACCCAGCUGCUGCCAGCCAGUGACCUGUGAGCCCAGCUGCUGCUCAGCUGUCUGCACUGUGCCUGCUUCUUGCCAACCAAUGAUCUGUGAGCCUGUGAUUUGUGAGCCUGCUUGCUGCCAGCCAGUGUGCCCAACACCUAGCUGCUGUGCCUCUGUCUGCUCUGCAGCCAGUAGCUGCCAGCCAGUCGGCUGUGACUCCACUCCCUGUGAACCACCAUGCUCAGAGGCCAGUGUUUGUCAGCCAUCUGCCUGUAUGACUUUGGUGUGUGAGCCUGUUUGUCUCCGUCCUGUCUGCUGUGUCCAGGGUCCUUGUGCGCCACCAUGUGUCUCUAACAGUUGCCAAGACUCCUCAUGUGUCUCCAGUAUCUGUCAACCUGUCUGCCCUGAGCCCAGUCCUUGCCUGCCAUCGGUGUGUGUGCCCACCCCAUGCCAACCUUCUUGCUACAUAGUCAAACGAUGCAGUUCGGUCUGCUGUGAGCCUGUUUCCUGCCCAUCUCCUUCCUGCCAACCUGCUUGCUGCCGCCCAGGGUCUUCUGCAUCUGCCAUCUGCCAACCAGCUUGCCCUCCUCGGACUUUCUACAUACCUAGUUCCUGCAAGUCUCCUUGUAGUCCAGUUUCCUGCCGCCCUAUCUGCCGCCCCAUCUGUUCUGGACCCAUCACCUUUAGGCAGCCUUAUGUGACAUCCAUCACUUACCGUCCAGCCUGCUACCGCUCCUGCUAUUCCAUACUACGCCGCCCCACCUGCCUAGCUUCUUACUCCUACCGCCCUGUCUGCUCCCGCCAGCCUUGCGCUGAUUCUGACAACGAUAAGCGUGAUUCCAAAAAGUCAACUUCCAGUCAGCCCGACUGUGCUGACUCAACACCCGGCAAGACAGAGGUCACAGAUGAGACUCCCUGCCAGCCCUCUGAGAUCAAACCCGCCAGCCCCAUCACCCGUGAUGCUGCAGCCCCUCAGUCUGCUGCCAGCAAGCCUGCUGACCGCUGAGCCAGCUCCAGCUCACCAGUUCCUGCAAACGCAACAAAAGCCAGAGAGAAAACGGGAGAGCCCCAUGCACACCUCAUUACAACAUAGCUAGAAUCUUGUUCAUGCUACACUGCCAGACACCACUUGCUUAUGCUUCAGAGAACUUAUCAAAAGUUCCAACCUCCUAGUGGUCUCAGUGAAGACCUCCUGCACAGAGAAAGGAAUGCUGCCUUCUGUUACCAGUACACUGAGAACUGCUUUGUCACAUCACUGGACUCUUUCCGACUCAAGAUGCUUUUUGUCUUCAUGUAUUGUGUUCCUUGAGAGCAUCUACAGUGAGAUAUAUUUAGUUGUGCAAUAAAAGUGGCUGCAUUGAA